AUGAUAGGAAGAGCUGUUCAGAAUAACAAGUUGAAAGUCAGUAAGUUGUAUAACCUGCUUCUUCACAGAGAUAAAGUGCAGUAUGCUUUUGUGAUCUGGUGUAACCUUUCUGUGCCUAAACAUCGCUUUAUACUUUGGCAAGCCACUUUGAGACAUCUGCUGACUAGAGACAAUUUAUUAAAAUGCCAGUUAUGUCUUCCAUCUGUCCUGUGUCCUAUCUGUGAAUUGCAUCAAGAGAGUCACGAUCAUCUCUUCUUUCAGUGUAAGUUUUCCCAGCUGCUGAGGAGUAAAGUUGCUGCUUGGUUGGGCUGUGCUAUCUGGCCAGUUCAUCUCAAUGAUUGGGUCGAUUGGAUGGUGGGGAAGCCGAAGUGUCUGCAGCAAAAAUUGUUAGCUACUGGGCUUGCUGCUGCAGUUUAUUUCAUUUGGUGGAAUAGAUAUAAUUGCAUUUUUAACCUUUGUUCUGUUUCAGUUAAUGCAGUAUUUGCAUUAUUGCAAAAUUGUCUAAAAGCUAGACUUGAGAAUUUACAUAGAUUUAAGUUGAAGAGGAAAGAUGUAGCUUUCUUAGAGAAAGUUCAUUUUUUGUAA